GUAGGUCGGACGUUGCGGGUGCGAUUGGACCAUCUGCUCAGCUGUCGCACAUUGACUGGGCGUGUAUUUUGAUAUUUUGAUAUCUGCUAGAGCCUUUGCACUCGGUUUUGACUCUUUCCUUUUUUUUUUUUUACUGGUCUUACCAGUUUAUGUUGGCGACGCAAAAUUCUUUCCCACUAGAGUCGAGGUGUGCGCCAAAGUCUAAUCUUUGCGCUGCUCUGUAGCGCUUUACGUACGCCGCCAUGCUUCAACCGAGGUUGAGACCGUGGGCCCUUGGUGGCACGCUGUCUGCUUGCCAGACGGCCAUGCGCCAAUGUCUUCAGCGAGGCUACGCCAUGUCGGUGCAGACGCCGCCGAGAAUUGUCACCGAGCCGCAGCCGGACGGUACAGUCCUUACCUUUCAACAAGAGCCCGGUCUCAGCAAGGCGGAGCCGACCUCGACGCUGAUGCGAACUUACAAGCCUCGAACCCCCGGUAUCCGUCACCUGAAGCGACCGAUCAACGACCACCUCUGGAAGGGGCGCCCAUAUCUGCCACUCACCAUCCCCAAGAAGGGUCAGUCCAAGGGCGGCCGCAACAACACGGGCAGAAUCACGGUUCGCCAUCGUGGUGGUGGCGCCAAGAGGCGUAUUCGUACUGUGGACUUUGAUCGCAAGGACCCAGGCCCCCAACUGGUCGAACGUAUCGAGUACGAUCCCGGUCGAAGCGCGCACAUCGCCCUGUUGACCCAUCAGGAGACCGGCAAGAAGUCGUACAUUGUAGCCGCCGAGGGCAUGAGGGCUGGUGAUAUCCUGCAAAGUUACCGUGCCGGUAUUCCUCAGGAACUUCUGGACAGUAUGGGUGGUUUCAUCGACCCGGGUAUUCUGGCAUCGAAGACGGCCUUCCGCGGCAACUGCUUGCCUGUGCACCUUAUUCCGUCUCAGACGAUGAUCUACUGUGUGGGAUCAGCGCCAGGUAGAGGUGCCGUUUUCUGCCGGAGUGCUGGCACUUACGCUGUCAUCGUUGCCAAGGAUGAGGAGGUCAAGGCCGACGGUUCCAGGGUCAUGACGGGUAAAUAUGUGACCGUUAGACUCCAGAGUGGCGAGAUCCGCAGAAUCAGCAAGGAUGCAUGUGCUACCGUUGGCAGGGCAAGCAACCCGAUGCACCAAUACCGUCAACUUGGUAAAGCCGGAAGGAGUCGAUGGUUGAACAUUAGGCCCACAGUCCGAGGUGUUGCCAUGAACUCUAAUGACCAUCCUCACGGUGGUGGCCGUGGUAAAUCCAAGGGUCGGAGACACCCGACGAGUCCCUGGGGCACACUGGCCAAAGGUGGUUUCAAGACGAGGAGGACCAACAACCCCAACCGCUGGGUUGUGGUUCCUCGCGAGCGCAACAUGGGCAAGCGGAGAGCCAAGAAGACUUCCUCUUAAUCAGAGAGGGGUGAAUCUCUGCAACAUUUACUGUACGAUACCGUAUGCCAUGCCUGUAUUUUUCCGAUACAAUGCAGCUUCUCCUGCUCUUGUGUAUAGCACUGUAGAUAUAUGCCCAAGUUAUAACCGCAUUAGGCGUUUUUCAUGGUUGUAAUACUUGACUCUUUA